AUGGCGGAGCGGGGCCGGUGCCCCGAGUGUGGCUCCGCGGAGCUCGUGGAGGACUCGCACUACGCGCAGCAGCAGCUGGUCUGUGCCGCCUGCGGUUGCGUCCUCGCCGAGGGGCUCCUCACCACCACCUACAGCGAGGAGGAGCAUCUGCGAGAGGUGGCCUAUUCCCACAGCACUGGCCAGAAGGAGCAGCUGAGCCGCUGCCUGCAGAGAGGGAUCAGGAGGGUCCAGGAUCUCUGUAAAGUCCUCCAGCUGCCCACAGUGUUUGAGGAGACGGCGGUGUCGUACUUCCAGAGAGCUCUGCAGCAUCCCUCCUUCCACCUGGUCAGUGUGGAGAAGAAGGAGCUGCUGGGGGGCUGCUGUGUCUUUGUGACUUGUCGACAGCACAACUGGCCCCUGACCAUGGGGACCAUCUGCUCCCUCCUGUAUGCGAAGCAGGAGCUCUUUGCUGGUGUCUUCCUCAGCCUUCAGAAGGAGUUGGGGCUCUCGGUGCCAGCCCUCAGCUUGGCAGACCUGGUGAAGACACACCUCAACAGUUUUCAGCUCUUCCAGCACACGGCCAACGUCCCUGCUCCAUUUGUGGAGGACAAGGAGAAGAUGGUCACCAGGACCAUGCAAUUGGUGGAGCUGGCCAGUGAGACCUGGCUGGUCACUGGCCGGCACCCUGUGCCCAUCGUCACAGCCGCAGCCUUCCUGUCCUGGCAGUCGCUGCAGCCUGCUGCCCGCCUCACCUGCACUCUGGCACGGUUCUGCAAGCUGGCUGCUGUGGACUUGCCACCACCAGCACACCUGAGGCUGAAGGAACUUCUUGAGAUCCUCCUGAGGAUGGCCUCCCAGCUGGCUUGGGUGAGGGUCUUUAAACUGGACAAGAAAACGGUGGUCAAGCACAUCGGGGACCUGCUGCAGCACCGAAUUUUCCUGCUGAAAAAUGCUUUCUGCCUGGAGGAGGAGGAGGAGGAGGAGGAGGAGCAGCAGCAGUGUGCUGUGGACCUGGGUGAGGGCUCCCAAGGAGAGGAGUCCCAGGGCAAGGGCUCCCUGGGCAAGUCCUCUCCAGAUGAGGGCUCCCUGGGUGAGGGUCCCCCAGGCAAAGGCUCCCCUAGCUCUCCUCCCCAGGCAGUGCCAGACAAGGGCUGUCCCUCAGGAGGGGAACACCAGCGUGGGGGUGGCAGGAGGCCCCUGCUGCCACCCUGCCUCAUCCAUCCCAGGAAGAGGCUGCGGACAGCAGCCCCCAGCGCCCUGGACGCUGCCAUCACCGGCGAUGAGCACAUCUCCGACAGCGAAAUCGAGCAGUACCUGCGGGGCCCAGAGGAGAUCAGGGCCUUCAGGAAGGUCAAGGCCUGGCCCUGA